CAAGGUCCUGAUUGUAAAGGAGAGAGAAUACCAGGAGAUAAAGGAGAAGAAAAGGAAAAGAGAAGUUUCUAUUCUAAAAGACGAGCUGACUGCGCUGAAGGCUUUUGCACUGCUGGUUGUGAGGGAGCAGCAGUGUCUGAGCGGGCUGCUGGAGGAGCAGAGGCAUCGUGUCAGAGAACUGACCGCCAUCGCUGACCACAUUGCAAAGGAGGAGGAACACAAAUCCCUGCACCACAAUCAAGUUUCCAUCUUCUGCCAAGGCCAGAACACCAUGACAACCCCAAGCCUGCUGUCAGAAGUCGAGUUGUUGAGGAGAAGGGUCAUGGAAAUGGAGGGAAAGGACGAGGAGCUGAUACGCAUGUGGGACCAGUGUCGAGAGCUGGACCGCAGACUAGCGAGGGAGACCAGCCACUGCCGGAGCUUGAAAGUUGAGGUAGAUAAGCUCAAUGGCAGAAUCAGUGAGUUGGACAGGGUAGAGGAGGCUUUAGGCAAGAGCAAACAGGACUGCAGUAUUCUGAAGGGAACCUUGGAGCAAGAGAGAGAGGAUAGAAAGAUGCUGUCUGGUGAGAUUGACACUCUGAAAGUUAGAGUGAGAGAGCUAGAGGGAGUUGAAGGCCAAUUGGGAAAGAGUGAGGCGGUGAUUAGACAGGACCUGGCCAAGCUCAGGUCACUGACUGUAGCUUUGGUGGAGGACAGAAAGACCAUGGCCGAGAGGCUCCGACAAGCUGAGGAAAAGCUCAACAGGAAGGAGGGCAAAAGAAAUGAGCAGAGCAAUUUGGCAACAAUGACAGAAAGACUGAGAGAGGAGAGGCAGCAGGCACUGAGGUCUAAGGCAGAGUUAGAGGAAAGGAUCAGGGGCAUAGCGGAGGAAAAACAUGAGCUCAAAGACAGACUGAAAGCAGAGGAGGAGAGGAACGGAGAGCUACAGAGAAAAAUAACUAUAAUGAAGAAACGGUUACAGAUCUUGGAAAACAGGAAAGAAAAAGAGGAUAAGUACACACACAGCUCAAUUCCAAACAAUGCUAACCACCACUGCCAAACAGACGAUAAUAAAGUCAAAGAAUUGACCCAGGAGUUAGAUAGGCUGCAAAAGAGACUACAGGACAAGGAGGUGUUGGAGGAAGAACUAAUGAAGGUGGAAGAGGACUUUGAAUCCCUGCAAAAGAGGUUCAAAGAUGAACAGAAGAAAUCUCAGGCUCUAUCAGAAGAGCUUGAGAGGGCAAAGAGGGAGCUUUCCAGAUAUGAGCAGGCAGAGAAGCAGGAGGUCAACCAGGAACACCUUCUCCUUUGCCGUCUUCAGAAGGAGCAGGUUAAGUCAAGACUAUUAGGCAGAGAGGUUGAUACCCUGAAGGAGAAACUUCAGAAGCUGAUGGGAACUGAGGAGUCCAUCUGCAGGGUUCAGACGGAUCACUCGACACUGCAGUGGAAACUGACCCAGCAGGAAGCCAGCAACAGAGAGCUGGCCAGAGAGAUGAAGGAACUGAGCAGUGAGCUAGACAAGCAUAGACAAAUCAAGAAUCUUACACCUGGUGCAAACAGACAACACUUUUCAGACCUUCGUCAGAACACCAAAGAGGUUCAGACUGAGCCAGAUAGCAUGCCGCCUGACUACAGCGAGCACAGCGAGAAUCUAGAUGAAGAAAACGAGGACGAGGACCCAAACCACAAUUCAGAACUCAUAAACAGAAGAAGCUCUCUUGUCAACGACCUUAACAGCUUGAACAGUGCAAAUAAUAACAUAAGCAAGCACAGCAGCCAUUCAGCCAACGGCGUAGACAUGCACCAAAACGGAGAGGUGAUGAUGUUAACACACACGCCAGGGCAGCCCUUGCACAUCAAAGUAACACCACAUCAUAUACUCAACACAGCCACACUCGAGAUCAGCAGUCCCACUGGAGACGCAACUACGUCCUACACCAGCACAGCGGUCAUUCCAACAAGCGGCGCCUCGCCCAAACAGAGAAUUACCAUCAUACAGAACUCAUCUCUGUCUGCAGUUAAUACUAAAACCCCACCUUCAAGCCCUGACCACACCAUCUCCCCUCUUGAGAGUACACCUAUCUCUCGAGUGUUAAGUCCAAAUUCAUCCCGAUCGGCAACACCCGACCACAGCAACUCCCCCAUUCAGAUUGUAACAGUCAGGACCGGUUCUCCAGAGCCAUUGGAGGCUGCAAAUCAAGUGUUCUGCAGGACACCGGAGAGGCAGAACAGCUGGCAACAUCAGAGGUCCAACAGCACUGACACAAGUCCCAGUAUCAUCGCCACAGAGGAUAGCAAGAUCCAUAUCCAUCUGGGGAGCCCAUAUAUCCAGUCUCUGACUGGUAUAACCCACAGCAUCCCACAGCCUGUUGGGCCAUACUAUCUCCGACAUGAGCAAAGGACUCAAGUGCUCGCCAGUGGUUGUCAUGUCAAAGGUAUUGGCAAGAUUACAAGUAGCAUCACUAUAUCCCCUGCUACCUCUUCAGCUUCACAUUCCUCAAAUAUAACAGUAAGUGGCCUUUAUGAUUAGGUGAGAAUGAAUAUAUUCUGAACAUACAGUAUUAUGUUCACGUCACAUUCUCGGAUUAGACAACUAAAACAAUUCACUUUCCCAAAUGAGAACCCAGAGUUUGUUGUAUUUUGUAACAAUCAUGAAAUAAAUGCUUUGUGGUAUUUGUCCAAUAAGAGCCUUUGUAAAGCCUUCUUGGUCCAGUUAGUGUGACCUUAGAUUUACUGACUGUAUGACAUGUGUCUAGUGCCUGAAGGAGAGUUAAGGGAAACAUGAUGCAACCAAAUAUGUGAUGUGCUUUUGACAAUUUUAUGUUUCAUUAAUGUUUUUUUCCCCUGCUCAUUAAAAGUGUUUGUUGAUUUUA